AUAUAAUCAUGCCCACCCCUUCUUUUCCAUCUUAGCUAUAAGCUUUGUUAUUUCCUCCUCAUCUCUUUCUUCUAUCACUAAUCAUUGUUUUUCUUUAAAUGUCUCUUCCAAUUUCAUCUUCGACUUCCUCAACUAUAAAUACCCUUAUUAGCUAAUUAAACUCAAACCAUAUAUUUAUGCACAUUCACAUAUGUGAAUAUUUAGCUUUAGCUAAGCAUUUUAAUUUGAUCAAUCAAUAACCAAAUAUGUUAUAAAUUUAAUUACAUAUAAGUGAAGUAGAAGAGAAUUAUGGAGUUUGUUGAGGAGCGUGAGAUGCAACGCGAAGGGGAAGUGGAAGAGAAUUAUGGAAUCUCUGGUACGGCGGCGGGCGGCGGCGGAAGGAAGAGCACUGGCUACGGGCAUUACUUUCGGUAUAGAGAAUGUCUAAAGAACCACGCGGUGGGGAUUGGAGGCCACGCGCUGGACGGAUGCGGCGAGUUUAUGCCCGCGGGAGAGGACGGAAGUCUCGACGCGCUCAAAUGUGCCGCGUGCAAUUGCCACCGCAACUUCCACCGCAAAGUGACGGAGAGUGACGGCUACGCGCCGCACCACCACAACCAUCACCAGCAGCUCCUCCCCACUAAUUUCUCCUCAUACAACGCUGGGUACCUCCACGUGCCGCAGCCUCUGGCGGCGCUCCGGCGGGACGAGGAGGACAUGUCGAUGGAUCCGAGCGGCGGCGGAGAGGGAGGGUCGAAGAAGCGGUUCAGGACGAAGUUCACGGCGGAGCAGAGGGAGAAAAUGAUGGCGGUGGCGGAGCAGCUGGAGUGGCGGAUACAGAAGGAGGACGAGGCGGUGGUGCAGCAGUUCUGCGCGGAGGCGAACCUGAAGCGGCACGUGUUCAAGGUGUGGAUGCACAACAACAAGCACACCCUGGGCAAUAAGAAACUGCCGCAAUCCUGAUCGGAGCUUAUCGUCUCCGGCCGAUCGGUCUUCUUGCAUUGCUUCUGUAAUUAGAGAGCUCAUCACCGCCGAUCAUCAUAUCAAUUACUUGAGACUAUAUUUAUUAGGAAAUUGUUCUUCCCUGGCUUAAUAUAAUUAGCUUCCUUAAUUUAAACUAUCUAGUUAUAACAAUCGGCUUCAUUUUUUCUUUCUUUCUGAUUUGUCUCUUUCUGUAUUUAAUCUGUAGUCUACUAGAGUACCGGUCAAUCAGUUGCAAGAGACUGAUGAGAGCAUCUCUUUAAGUUAUUGUUAUUAAGGACUAUUAAUUACUCCGUAAUUGUGUAUAUGGUUAUUUAGUUCUUUUAAUACGGAGUAUAUAAUCUCAAUAUAAUUUCCCCGUUUAAU